AUGGAACUGGAUAUCGCGGCCAGCCGCGCGGGAGGUGGUGCGGAGAGCAGUUGCGGGGGGCGGGGGAGUGGCGGAGGGGGAGAUCGGGUGGGGGAAGCUGCUGGGGGGACCCGCGCUGGAGGUGGGCGUGCGGGUAUCCGGAAAGGGGCUUCCGCGGAGGAUCGUGGUGGUGCAUGGGCCGAGAGGCGUGGGGAAGAGAAGCAUCUGUCUUCCCUUCGCCUGGACAUCGAGUCAGCUCUAGAAACCCUCGUGCUGCGUGCUAUUAAAGAGAGGCGCCUACAGUCACACGACCUGCUCCAAGCGCUGCAGCGGCGCGUGCACGUGGUAACCGCACUAGGGACGCUAGUGUCAGGGGAAACUGGGGGAUUUGGGGGAAGGAAUGGGGAUGAAGGGGAGGAAAAGGGGAGGUGUCAGGGAAAGGGGGUGGAGGAGCUCUGGGAAGAGUCUUUGCGAUUGGUGGAGAGGAGGUUGCAGGAGCUACAGGCGCAGGAGAAGCAGCAGCUGGCGCAUUCACAACAUGUCUAUUACUCUGAUCAGCUGUCUGCUGACUUUGGCACCCAGGCUCUUUUCCACCCACACGAGCUCUUUGGUUGGCUUCCAGAGGAAGCUUCCGUGCACCUCGUUCCAUCAACCUUCACUCCCCUCCAGGAGGAGUGCCCCCUUCUGUCAUUCAUUCUCAGUUCUUUUCGUUUUGUUUCUCCCCUGCCUGAUCCGUUGAUUACAAUGGAGAGGUGGCAGUUGCAACCCCUGGCCUGCCCCGUUCUCCCCUUCACUUGUGUUUUCCACCGCCUCUCCCACCGCCUCUCCCACUGCAGUGGAGAGUGGUAUGCUAUCAACUCUGAUUGGCUCUUUCCCCACCUUCUCACUGCCCCACCUCCUCCCUUUUUCUCUCCUUAUUUCCCCUGCCUGACCGACUGA